UGUGACAUAUGAGAAUCGUUGUGACAAUUGUGCCGGCUGUUUCAUAAUUUUAAAUUAUACGGAAAAAUUAUUUAAAAAAAUUACAGGAAACUGGUGUAAUUGUUCCUGGCUUGGCAGAAAUAUAGAGCGAGGGUUUUUGCUGCUGCCAAAAAUUUUAUAGAGUAACCGCUAACAGACACCGGUUGAGUAAUGGAUCACAGGAUAAUCACACUGAGCGAAGACAUGUUCCUAGAACAUCGUGCGAAGCAGUUGCUGAAACCUAUAUCGACGUCGAUGGCUCCUCGUUGUUUUCUCUGCACGCGCCACGUGUUGCCGCCUGUGAGGGCAUGCAGCAGCGGCCACGCGGUCUGCGCCAACUGCAUGCGAAUCGGAAACACUUGCCCUAAUGCUUCUUGUAUGGAAAUGUUGAUACACAGGCCCGCAUUGGACGAAUUAGCAAGGACAAUGCCGUUACCAUGCUUCUACCGCUGCGGUAGAUUAUUGCAUUGUGACGCCUUGCCGCAGCACGAAUGGCGUUGCAGCCAAAGAAGGCCUCUAGUACGACACGUUAGUAAAUUUCAAAAAUGCCGGCAAUUUUGUACGAACAUGUACUGCGUUUUUGCAUUAUUUUUGUUCAUCUUCAUCAACUACUCCAGAUGAGAUAAACAUUAUCAAUUAGCAGAUAAAAAUAAUUAGCUACACAUCAAGCUUUCGGGAUAGAUCAAGCCGUAUUAAAUUGUGCCAUAAUUUGUUUGCAGAUUGUGUGUCUAGAUUUUGUUGGAAAUAUUUUUGAAAAUUGUUAUCAAAUCCCAGGUCGUUGGCAUGAAAAUUAUCAGAUUUAUGUAAUAGAAAUGUUCUAAUUUGAUUGCUAAUCAACCGUUUUGUAAAUUUUAUUUUUGAUGAGUCGGAUAACUCAAUGUCUCUAAAACACAUUGAUAACCAUUAUCUAGUUACCUGGACAUGUCAAAACUAAUAAUAAAUACCUGAAAGCUUUUUGUGUUAUUGUAGUCAUAGACUGAUUUUGUAUUAUAUAAUGCAGCCCUGAUACAACUAGACGUUUGCCUUUAGAUUAGAAUAAUAUAUGAAACUUUUCAUAUCUAGCUAUAUUUUACCUAUAUAAGAUCGGUC